AUGUUGGAGGGACUAGUUGCAGGGCUGCUCAACAGGUUCUUGGGCAUGUACGUCAAGAAUUUUGACCCGACACAGCUCAAGGUUGGGAUUUGGUCUGGCGAUGUCAAGCUACGGAACCUUGAGCUUCGGCGGGAAGCCCUCGACCAGCUGAAGCUGCCCAUCAAUGUCAUGGAAGGCCACCUUGGCGAGCUUACCCUCGUCAUUCCCUGGUCAAACUUGCGCGGCGCACCCGUCAAAGUCUUUAUCGAAGACGUCUUCCUGCUGGCCUCACCUAGGGAAGAGGCUGCCUACGACGAAGAAGAGGAAGAGCGCCGGAAGCAGCGCGUCAAGAUGGAGAAACUCGACUCGGCCGAGCUGCUCAAGGAGAGGUCCCAAGAAGGCAUGAGCCAAGAAGAAGAGAAGAAGAACCAGAGCUUUACCCAGAGCCUGGUCACCAAGAUCGUCGACAACCUGCAGGUUACGGUUAAGAACAUCCACGUCAGAUACGAGGACGCCAUCUCCGCCCCCGGCCACCCCUUUGCUCUUGGCGUGACGCUUGAGGAGUUCAGUGCCAUUAGCACCGAUGGCCAGUGGAAGCCCACCUUUAUCCAGGACUCUGCGAAAAGCACCCACAAGCUCGCGACCCUUGGCGCUCUCGCCGUCUACUGGAACACGGAUACCGAACUGCUAGGUCCCGGACGAGAGGUCGACACAGACGGGAAGCCUCCCAUGCCACAUGACGAGAUGGUUGACAAGUUCAAGAGCCUGAUAGGGUCAACCCAAGACACGGAACUCAAUCAUCAGUUCAUCCUGCGCCCUGUCAACGGGAAGGCAAAGAUCGUCCUCGACAAAACCGGGGACGUCCAUACCCCGAAAGCCAAGGCCAGCCUGCUUUUCGAAGAAAUCGGCCUGGUCAUUGACGAUGACCAAUACCGCGAUGGUCUGAUGAUGGUCGAUCUUUUCCAUUACUUCAUCCGCCACCAAGAAUACAAGAAACUCCAACCAAAAGGAGUCACCCCCAAGGAGGACCCAAGGGCCUGGCUCAAGUUUGCCGGUAACGCUGUGCUCAGCAAGAUCCAUGAGAGAAAUCGCAGGUGGUCCUGGGACUAUUUCAAGGAACGACGUGACGAUCGCAAACGCUACAUCGAACUCUUCAAGAAGCGGAAGCAGCAACAGCAGCUUAGUCCCCAGGAAAUCGAAGACCUCAAAAACCUCGAUUUCAAGCUCGACUACGAGGACCUGCGCUUCUGGCGGUCGCUGGCCCGCAAUCAACUCAAAAAGGAGAACGCCGCUGCCCUCAGGAACCAGCCGCCCAAGCAGGAGCAGCAAGGUUGGCUAGCAUGGGCUUGGGGCGGCGGCGGUCAGAAACAGCAGGAACAGAAUGUCGAGGACGACGAAAACACGCAAAUCACCGAGGAGCAGCGCAAAGAACUUUACGACGCCAUCGAGUUUGACGAGAAGACAGCGUUGGCUGAAUCAGUGGACAUACCUCGAGACUCGGUCAAAAUGCAAGUCGAGGCAUGGCUGAGUACUGGAAGCUUCACGUUGAAGAAGAGCCACAACGGCAAGCGGAGCGAUCUUCUCAGCCUUCACUUCGACGUUUUCAAAGCCAAGGUCCUACAGCGGCCCGAUUCCUUCCUCGCCGAUCUCAGUCUCGGCGGUUUGCGUGUCAACGAUGGAACAACGCCAGACACCCUGUUCCCCGAGAUUGUCAGGGUCAAGGAUGCGCCCGACACCCACGACCAUAAGCGACUCACCAUUGAAGAACUCGAAGACAAUGACGACGAGCCCUUCUUCCGCUUCGAGGUUGAACAGAACCCCAUUGACCGUGAAGGGGACAUUGCCCUCAGUGGGUCGCUCAAGCCGCUCGAGAUCGUCUGGAACCCAAACUUUGUGGUUGGCGUUGCAGAUUUCUUUCGCCCACCGGAAAGGCACAUGGAAUCCAUCACAGCGCUGAUGGAGACCGCCGGUGCUACAGUAGAGACUUUCAGAGAGCAGACUCGUGCUGGUCUCGAGUUCGCGCUCGAAGAACACAAGACAAUCAAUGCCCAGCUUGACUUGCAGGCUCCGCUGAUCAUCGUUCCAGUCAGCAUCGCCGUCAAGGACUCUACCUGCUUGAUUCUGGACGCCGGUCAUAUCAGUGUUAACAGCGAACUGGUUGAUAAAGACACAAUGAAGCAGAUCCAGUCCAAGCAGCGGCAGUCGUACACGGAUGAGGACUUCAAACGACUCGAGUCUGUCAUGUAUGACAAAUUCUUGGUGAAGCUCUCCUCUACGCAGGUGUUGAUAGGCCCGUCCAUCGACGUGACGAAAGCUCAGCUGUCAAAGAAGGACGACACGCAACAUCUACACGUGGUGGAAGAGAUCAACGUCGACUUCGUUGUUGAGACUUCCAUCCUUCCCAAAGCACCGAACCUGACGAAACUCAAAGUUUCCGGCCACCUUCCCAUGCUACAUGCUACCGUCUCGGAUUCGAAAUACAAGAACCUGAUGCGAAUUAUCGACGUCGCUAUUCCAAAGUUUGGCCAGGAUCAGCCACAAGAACAGAACGAAGACUCCACGGGACAGGCAGUGACAACGCGUCCACGUGGCUUGAGUACCGCCUCGAAUCGAUCGCGGUCACGAAAGGAGCCCAAUCAUCGCAGAUCGUCACAAUUUCCCUUUAUGCAGUCACAGCAAGCCAUUGUCAUCGACGAUGACGAUGACGACCAAGACCAGUUUGAGGACGCCGAUAACGGUAGGGACGACAAGGAACAGCUCAAGUUGCAGCAGCGUUCUUUUGAACUAAAGUUCAAGGUGGACACACUCAAGGGAUCUCUGUAUCGAAGCGAUCCAGACAGGAAGAAGCCAGAUCAGUUACUCGUUGAGUUGGUCGCAGAAAACUUUGAUCUUCUAUUCUACCUGCGCCCAUACGACAUGAACGCCGAGGUUUCCCUGGGAUCCGUUACUAUGGAUGACUUUGUCGACAAUCCGUCAGCAGAGUUCAAAUCCAUUGUGUCGUCUGGAGACGUCGAGGACCGCGAGCAAAACCGCAGCCUUGUCAAUGUCAAGUUCACCCGCGUCAACCGCCUGUCGCCAGAGUUUAUGCCGGUGUAUGAAGGGGUUGAGACAAACGUCACCGCUGCCAUUUCCACAAUCAAUCUCAUUGUCACGAGAAAAACCCUCCUGACGCUUCUCGAUUUCAUCCUAGCAACUUUCACGGGGAACAACAACGAGGCGGCAACGCCGCAGGAACAGAAGGCUAUCUCUGAUUCGGAUGACGAAGACGAUGAAGUCGAGAUAGCAGUCAAUGUUCCACCAGAGGAUGUUCAAGCGAGUGCAGGCUCUAUCAGAGUCAAAGUGGACUUGAAGAGUAUCCGGAUGAUCUUGAAUAACGACGGCAUCCGUUUGGCCACCUUGUCGUUUAACCAUGCGGACAUUGGCGUUUUUCUGCCAGGCAAGACUAUGCGGGUCAGUGCGAAACUGGGAAACCUCAACCUGGUCGACGACAUCAAUCAGGGUGUUCCAGAAGAGUCCAAUCUGAGGCAGCUCAUUUCCAUUCAAGGUGACGAGCUCGCUGACUUCCGUUACGAGACAUUCGACGUUACCAACAAGAAUGCGUAUCCCGGGUACGAUUCCUCGGUAUAUUUGAGGGCUGGAUCCGUCAAGCUUCACUUCCUAGAAGAGCCAUUUAGAAAGAUCAUUCAGUUCCUCGUCAAGUUUGGCAAGAUGCAAGCCAUCUACAACGCUGCUCGUCAAGCAGCGGCAUCGCAGGCCAACCAGAUUCAACAGAGCACGACCAAGUUAAAGUACGAUGUCGUGAUCAAGACGCCGAUUGUUGUUUUUCCCCGAGUUGUCACCCACGGGCAGCCUAGGCGGGAUGUCAUCACCGCCUACUUGGGAGAAAUAUAUGCCCAGAACAAGUUCGCACCAUUGGAUGAUUCUGAAUCUUCUCAAAUAGCGACAAAGAUAUCGGCAGGAAUCCGGAACAUUCGCCUGACGUCCGACUUCAACUACCCUGGCGACCGUUCUGAAGAGUUGGAACUCAUCGACAAGGUUGAUCUGGGCUUUAACGUUACUUACGCCGAGCACCAAGCUGGCAAGAAGCGGCCCGAGCUCGAGAUAGAAGGCAGCAUGUCCGAUUUCAACCUUCGACUUACUCAGUUCCAACUGAGGUUCUUGAUGGAGAUUUCAAAGGCUGUCCCCGCUGCGUUCGCUGCCGAUUCAGAAGAGCAGGAUCAAGAGGCCGAGCGUGAAGUUGAUAAAGAGACACUACAGAGAGCGAGGUCUGUGCCCAAUGACAAGAGCUCACCUGAUGGCCAGAGGGAAGUUGAUCUUGGGCCUGAGCUUUCACCUAAAAAUCAAUCAUGGACGAAACUUGAUCUGGUCUUCCAGGUCAAUACAAUUGGCAUGGAGCUAUUGCUAGCUCCUGAGGAGAAGCCGAUUGGCAAACUCGAGGAUGCUAGCCUGUCCCGCUUUUCCCUGGACGGUACCAAACUGAAAACACGCAUGCUCAAUGAUGGCUCUCUCGAGGGCGAAUUUCUCAUCCACUCAUUUACUAUCUACGAUAGUCGUCCUCGCGAAACAAACAAGUUCCGGCGCAUCAUGACAUCUUCCAACAAAGAGGUACAGCAGCUGAUGGCCAGCAUUACAAUGUCAGGGGGCCAGGAAAGAAACCUCAUUGCUAUCGUUACUAUCGACAGUCCCCGCAUCAUCUUCGCACUCGACUACCUUUUCGCCAUUCAGAACUUUGUCAUGGUUGGCCUACAGCCCGAAGAACCUUCGCCAGCAGAUGAGGAGUCGCUUCUGGAGACGCCGGAGGAAUCGGAUGCCGACUCUAUGCAGGUGACUUGGUCCAACAAAGCCAAGUCGCAGGAGAGUAACAGCGGUCAGGCCGAAGCGCCCCAGGCGGAAGCCGAUGACAAGCCCGAAAGCACCAUGAGCAUUGCGUAUAGGGUAAACAUUGUGGAUGCGCAGGUCAUUUUGAUUGCAAAUCCCCUCAGCGCCAGCUCAGAGGCCAUCGUACUUGGCACUAAACAGGUUUUGCUCUCACAGCAGCACGCUCUGACCUUUCAAGUUUCCGAAAUUGGAAUGUUCCUCUGCCGAAUGGAUCGAUUCGAAGACUCCCGCCUCCGGAUCAUUGACGAUUUCUCCGUUCAGAUGUCAAUGGAUAGCUCAAAGCCCAACAUCACAAGCAUUCAUGCAGAUAUCGAACCUUUGAUUCUACGACUUUCCUUGAGAGAUAUUCUCCUUGCUCUUCAAAUCGCCAGCAAGGCCACCGAACUAUCAGACCAACAACAAAAGGAGCAGGACGACAAGAAGUCUGCCUCCACUGCGGAUGAGAAGGCGAAGCAACUACGCCAGGCUGGCCUCAAGCAGCGAACUGCCAGUGGUAAAGGACCAUCGACAAUGGCGAACAAGACCGUUGUGUCCAGGACGGCCAAGGUGGCUGCGUCUCAAGCAAAACAAGAUCACGAAGACCCGUAUGGCACAGCUGUCCAGGUCCCGUUGAAACGUCAUGAAGAACUAUCAGCAACCAUCGAAGGCAUUCGUGUGGUUCUCAUUGGCGACGUUCACGAGCUUCCCAUCCUCGACCUGGGUAUCAAAAGCUUUACUGCCACGGCCGAAGACUGGUCCUCUAACCUCAAGGCCGAGACAGCUGUCGACCUCUACACUAAUGUCUACAACUUUUCCAAGUCGGCAUGGGAGCCCUUACUUGAACCCUGGCAGGUCGGCUUCGGGAUCGCGCGAGAGCAGCAGUCGGGGCUGCUAUCCAUCGACGUUGCAUCCAAGAAAGUCUUCGACGUCACGAUCACAACUGCCACUAUUGCGCUGGCCUCCAAGUCUUUCGCAUUUCUCAGCAAAGAUGAAGAUGUUCUCGGCAAGCCACGUGGAGUUGAUGCCCCGUAUCGCAUCCGUAACUACACUGGUUUUGAUGUCGUGAUACAGUCGAAGAGCACGACAACAGACGACAACAUGACAACCCGCCUCGGGGAUGGCGAAGAAGCGCCCUGGAGUUUUGAGCCCUGGGAAAAGAUGCGAGAAAAUCUAUCCACGGAGGGUGGUACCGGUAGUGUGGGCAUCCAUCUGGAGGGUAGUGGCUUUGACCCGGUUAAGAGCGUUCGACUGAACCGCGAGGGGGAGGCAAUUUAUGGCCUGAGGCCCAAGACUGACAAUGUUUUGCAUCGCUUGCUUGUCGAAGUCACUCUGGGCAAGGACAACGUCAAAUACGUCACUCUUCGUUCGCCCCUCGUGGUUGAUAACCUGACCCAGAUACCUGUCGAGCUGGGCGUUUACGACGCUCAAGAGGGUCACCUGCUUAAGAUCGAGAAGAUUGCUCCUGGGGAGAGCCGCCCCGCUCCGGUGGGAGCUGUGUUCAUGAAGUCCUUGCUGGUGCGACCCGACUCAGGCUUUGGGUAUGCAUGGUCUUCUGAGGCCUUGUGGUGGAGAGAUCUCUUGGAGCGACCUACGCGGACGAUGGUCUGCAAAGGAGAGAACGGCGACCCGUUCUAUUUCCAAUUGAAUGCUACGUUCGACAAGUCGAACCCGCUGACCAAAAACUACCCGUACAUGCGUAUCAAACUGUCGCCGCCAGUGAUUCUCGAGAACCUUCUUCCCUACGACUUCAAGUACCGCAUUUAUGACAAGAAGACGCAGAAGGACUGGGCGAACUUCCUUCGCAAGGGUGGCCUCAGUCCGGUCCAUGUCGUGGAGCUGUCUCAUCUUCUCCUCCUCAGUGUGGACAUGCAGGACACCGUAUUCAAACCCAGUGACUUUGCCAUCAUCAACUCCGGGUCGUCAGAUGACUUCAAAAAAGAGGACAGACUCCUUUGCAAGGAUGCUGACGGCCUGCAGCUCAAUCUUAGGCUCCACUACUACAAGAUUCCAGACGGCGGCGGGGCUUUCCGCGUGACCGUCUACAGUCCCUAUGUCAUUCUGAACAAGACUGGGCUCGAUCUUCAAAUAAGGGCCAAGGGUUUCCUGCAGGGCGCGCGGCCUGCGGCUGGCCAGUCAACUCUGUCCAACAGGUCCAGGUCUGACAGAGAUCGUCCUAAGGCCACUCCGUUCAUGUUCUCGUACGGCAACGACGAUCAUAGAAACCGAGCAUUGCUGCAGAUCGCCGACUCCGAAUGGAGCAAGCCGCAAAGUUUCGACGCUAUUGGUAGUACAACAGAGGUGGUACUGCCAUCUCCCUCUAGAAACACCGAGGUGCACAUCGGCAUUACGAUUGAGGCAGGAGAGGGCAAGUACAAGAUGACCAAAGUCGUUACGUUGGCGCCAAGGUUUGUCCUUGAAAACAAGCUUGGAGAGGAAGUCAACGUUCGCGAAUCAAGCUCGUCGGGCUUUAUGACGCUGAAGCCAGGCGCGCAUCAACCACUUCACUUCAUGCAGAAGACGGCGGUCAAGCAGCUCUCACUCUGUCAUCCGGGAAUGAACAAUCAGUGGACUUCACCCUUCAACAUCUCGGACAUCGGUACCACUCAUGUCAAGAUUGCCAAGGCGGGACAACGCCAACGACUGAUUCGCAUUGAGAUCCUGAUGGAAGGCGCUACGAUUUUCCUGCACCUCAGCUGGGAAACCAAGAAUUGGCCGUAUCAGAUGAGGAACGAGAGCGACACGGAAUUUACCUUCUAUCAGGCCAACCCCAGUCUGGAUGAUGACGGGAUUGAGGACAGGUCAGGCUGGAGACCCAUCAAAUACAGGCUACCGGCCAGGAGUAUCAUGCCGUAUGCCUGGGACUUCCCAGCCGCAAAGUUCCGCGAGAUCAUCAUCAAUGCCUAUGGCAAAGAGAGACAUGUCAAGCUGGCCGAGAUUGGCAACCAGAUCCCAAUGAAGUUCACGACUACUUCCGGACAGCAGAAGAUCAUAGACAUCAACGUGGCCGCCGAUGGCCCUACACAGACUUUGAUUCUAUCUAACUUCCGGCAAUCGAAAAGUCUGUACCGGCAAAAGUCAAAGUCUGGCUCCCGCACAAGUACCGAUGGCUUCGAAGUCAAGGAUCAGGAGACCACUGCGACUUUCCGAGCCCAGCUCAGGCUGUCAGGCAUUGGAAUUUCACUCAUCAAUUCCCAGCUCAAGGAACUUGCCUACGUCACUUUCAGGGACGUCUCACUUCGUUACCAUGAUUCUCCUCUCCAGCAAACUAUCAGCUUCUCGGUCAAGUGGAUCCAAAUUGAUAACCAGCUGUAUGGCGGCCUUUUCCCGAUGAUUCUCUACCCCAGCGUAGUUCCGAAGAGGGCGCAGGAGGUUGACGCGCAUCCUUCGAUUCAUGCUAUGGUCACUCGUGUGAAGGACGACUCAUACGGAGUACUUUACAUCAAGUACGCCACACUUCUGAUGCAACAAAUGACAAUCGAACUUGACGAGGACUUUGUUUACGCGGUUCUGGACUUUGCGAACAUCCCCGGAGCCUCUUGGUCCGACACCAAUGAAGAAGGCAAGCUGUGUGACGAGGAGUUAGAUAUUCCCGAGCCGCAACAGCAGCAUUCCGGUCAAGACAUCUACUUCGAGUUGCUCAAUAUUCAGCCUAUGCAACUCGAUCUGUCCUUCAUGCGCACGGAACGCGUCAAUGCCGAGGACAAAACGUCGUCGCGGAAUCCACUCAUGUUCUUCCUCAAUGUUAUGACCAUGGCAAUCGGCAACGUCAACGAUGCACCCAUCCGUCUAAAUGCCCUCAUGCUCGACAAUGUUCGCGUGUCCGUCCCUGCUUUGACACAAAACAUAUCGAGUCAUUACAGCCAAGAGGUGCUUUAUCAGAUUCACAAGAUUCUCGGCUCUGCCGAUUUCCUUGGCAAUCCAGUCGGUCUGUUUAACAACAUCAGCUCUGGCCUGACAGAUGUGUUCUAUGAACCCUACCAAGGGCUGAUUCUCUCGGACAAACCCGAAGACUUUGGUCUUGGUGUCGCGAAAGGAGCAGCGUCCCUCGUCAAGAAGUCUGUCUACGGUUUCUCUGACUCUUUCUCCAAAUUUACCGGCAGUUUAUCCAAGGGUCUAGCAGCUGCAACUCUUGACAAGCAAUUCCAGGACCGUCGUCGUAUUACGCGCGCGCGGAACAGGCCCAAGCAUGCUCUUUACGGUGUCACCACUGGUGCCAACUCGCUUUUUACGAGUGCCGCAUCUGGCGUGGGCGGGCUCGUCCGCAAACCACUUGAGGGUGCCGAGCAAGAAGGCGCUCUGGGAUUCUUCAAGGGUAUCGGCAAGGGCGUCGUAGGACUUGCGACCAAACCCGCUAUUGGUGUUCUGGACAUGGCCUCCAACGUUUCUGAAGGCAUACGUAACACAACGACUGUGUUUGACGGUUCAGAACUUGACCGCGUCCGCCCUGCUCGAUUCAUACCUUCCGACGGCAUUGUGCGACCCUACAACGCUCGGGAAGCACUCGGGCAGUCAUGGUUGAAGCAAGUUGACAACGGAAAAUACUUCAACGAGAACUACAUCGCUCACCUCGAACUGCCUCGCGAAGACAUGGUAGUGAUGGUCACGUACGCCAGAAUCCUACUUAUUCGCAGCCGCCGUUUGACCUCGGAAUGGGAUGUGCCUCUAAAGGAUAUCCAAACCAUUUCAAAGGAGCGGACGGGUCUAAGUCUCACUCUGAGAGGCGGCACGAACGGUCCAUUCAUCCCUGUCGGUGAUGAAAGUGGUCGAGCUUUCUUGUACAAAAUGGUGGCUGUCGCAGUGGAGGAGUUCAACAGGCGAUUCAGAGGAUUGGAGUGA